GUGAGAUGUUCAUUUAAGUGCGGUGAUGGAUGUCUUAAUGAUCAAUGUGACCAAUCCACGGGAUAUUGUACAUGCAGAGAUGGCUACUAUGGUACCGCCUGCUCAUCCAAGUGCAGUGUUGGUUGUCUCAAUGAUGAAUGUGACAAAACAACGGGAUAUUGUACAUGUAGAGAUGGCUUCUAUAAUACAAUAUGCUCAUCAUCUUGUUUUCCUGGAUGCAAAGCAUGUAGUAACUCUAAAUACAAUUGCAGUACGUGCACACCUGGUUAUUGGAGUACACCGAAGAUGCCGUGUAGGCACACUUGCAAUUCUAAUUGUGCGUCGUGUAUUACGGAAAAUAAUUGCACAGAGUGUAAAGCUGGAUUCUAUGGACCUGACUGUCGACAUAAGUGUAGUUUAGGGUGUUUAAACAAAGCUUGCGAUCAAAUAUCCGGGCUAUGUCACUGCGUAUCUGGAUAUUCAGGUGCAUUGUGCAAGGAAAGAUGCCCUAGUUCUUGCAACGCCUGCAUCACACCUGAAAAUUGCACACAAUGUGUAUCUGGGUUCUAUGGUAAGACGUGUAAAACAACAUGCAGUUUAGGAUGCACAAGUUCGGAGUGCGAUAUGAUAACCGGUCGAUGCGAUAGUUGCAGGGAAGGUUUCUUCGGCGAAAAUUGUGAACCAGAAUAUACGGAAAGUGUUUCGCCGACGUUGACCAUAGUUUCAACUGUAUCAAAUGUGAUUGCGGUUUUGGUCGUCUUGAUGAUUGGAGCAGUUGUCCUCCUACAGAUUAGGAGAUCGAAAAUGCAGACAAAUAUAGAAGACCCGAACGUUCCAAUGAGGGCACGAGACCAUGGCGAUUUGGAGACUGCAACACAGCAAAUGGAGUUAUAUGAAGAUUUGCGACACGAUGAUGGAAAUGGGGAAAAUAAUCGCCACUAUGCCAACAUAAACAACAUAAACAACCCGACAUACCAAGGAUAAACAGGACCGGACAAAAUAAAACACAUGUUUUUGUUCAUACGUGUGUAAGAAGACAUUGUACAGACAUAAAUAAUUAUACUUUAUUGACAUAAAUUGCCACACUGUUAUAUCGGCAAAUAAGUAUGUUUUUUAUAGUUUAGCUUCUUAUUGGUCAUCAAUGGAAUGUUUAAAUAUAACAUCAAUAUGUUCGACAAAUCAAGGAAACGUAGAACAUGAGUAAUUGGAGUCUAAGCAUAACAUCAAGCCAUUCAGAGAGACAUCCGUGCUUGUUCUUGAUGUUGAAUGUAAACAAUAUUUAAUUGCUUUUCUUAUGUUAUUAAUCUGAAUGCACAUUCAUUCAUAUACAACACUCUUUAACAGAGGUGGGUAAGGACUUGAUAACAAAUUUGUAUUGAUUUUAUUCAGUGUUUCAUUAACAUAUCUUUGAUAAGUUUGCUACAAUGUAACGCCAACAUGCUCUUGCCAUAAAGUCUGAGUUAUAAAUGGACACACUCUGGAAGUACCCCCCCCCCCCCCCCAGAAACACAGAUAUAUGUAGCAAGUAAGAUAGUAAUUGUUCAUUGACAAAAACAAAAAUUGCAACACUUCCAAUGUCCCUGGCACCGUUUAAGAGAUAUGAUGUACAGGUAGUUUUGCUAUCCUCCACUUACAACUUGUUUGUUAAACAGUGAGCAGUGAUCAGGGCACAAGGUAGUUAUGUUUGAAUGCUAAAAUUGGCGAACAGAUGUCUAUGAUAUAUUUUAUUACAUCCUUUGUAUCCAUUUAAUUGACUUAGUGUACGAAUCUAAUGAAAACAAAACAUUGUGUUCUUAUAUAAAUAUGUAUAUAUUUAUUGAUAUCCUAAUGUCUUAGGCUCUCCUACUAACACACUUCCUGAACUUGUUUUAAUACAUGUGUGUAUUAUAUUUUCGUUACUGAUCCUGUAACCAUACGUUUUUGAUAUUGCAACUUCAACACGCAUUUGAUCGCCUCUUUACUGUAAAUAUUUUAAGCAGAAAGUGUUGGAUGUAGGUUCCUGCAAAACGUACCACUAUUUUUCCAAUGGUAUAAACCUUUCUAGACAUACUAGCGUUUAUCAGCAACGAUAUUUGCGAGCGGAAUCUUGGAGUGUUUCGUUUUUGCUAGAUAUAAAAUGAUUAUAUUUCAGACGAACGUUACUAAAGAAAUGUUAAUAGACAGGAUGUAGAUGUACAGCAUAUUGUAAACAUAUUAACCAAUUAACAAUGAUUCUAUAUGAAAAUACACUGAUACGAUUGUAUGAUAAAAAUAAUUAUUUUAACGAAAAAGGUGUUUUCCAUGAUAUAUUUCUUUUCACUGAUAUAUUACUUUCUAAAUUAAAUCAUUGUUUAAACCAACGCAUUAAUUUACCAGACAUGUUUCGGGAUACAAUCAAACACUGCAAUAAGCAGCUUGAAAGAAUAUUAUUUACAAUCAACUCAAGUGAAAACUAUAUUUAAGUAAAUAUAAGAUUCCGUUCCAAAUACAUUUUAGUAUGUUGUACAACGGUUAAAAGGAUUCAAUGAUUAUGUCAAAUGUUUUUCGAUAAAAUCAUAUCUAAUCUU